AUGCCAAGCUCAGCCGAGAUCAAGUGGAUGGCGCCCAAACGCCGCCCUGGUACUGUUCUCGGUGCCGGUGCUGGACUCGAGGACGACGAGGAGGACGACGAGGACUUAGGCGCGGCCACCGCGGGGGGCACCGACCUUCUGAGCCGGCUCCUGGCCCAGCAGACCCAGAUCCUCAGCCAGCUUGCUUCCUCAGCCAGGAAAAGCCACGACCCACUGCACCUGCUUGGAUCCGGCGGCGACUCCGAAGAGUCUUCGAAAGUGACGGGGGUGAAAGGCAUGGCGGCUCGGCAGCUCCUCCGGGAGCAGUUCCUUCAGCAUCCUCGGCGAGUCCAUGCAAAGGUGCGCGAGAGGCUGGCCCAGGCCCGUCGUCGCGCGUCGGUGGCCGAGCUAGAGCCGCGGGACAUGUGGGCCCACUUCCAGGAGACUGUGCCCCUUGGCAACUUCAAGACCUUGACCUACCUGUCUUUCUUGAUGGCCGAGAUGUGGGAAGCAGCCGAGCGGGGCCACCAGGAGGAGUUGCUCAGCCUUUUGAGCUUGGGCCUGGUGUUCUGCGAGCAAGCUGCGAACGAGCAAGGGCACACCCGCCUGGCCUGGCUCCUUACGUGCCGGGAAGACCCUCCGUUUGCGGUGGUGGAGCAGCGGAAGGCACCUCGAGCCGAAGUUCCUCACGGCAUGCUACCCGACCCGAGAUGGAUUGCUACGCAGCUGGGGUAUCUCCGCGACGUCGAGACCAUCCAGCGGGGGCGCCAGCCCCGGAGACCCCAAAAGGGAAAGGGCGUCGAGGCUUGUGGGCCGGCGCGCUGGGACUUCCGAAAUUCCUGCCGAUCAUGGGUCCGCCUUCUAGUGGCCGCGGGCAAUUGGUUGGUUCAAGGGCUGGAGAGGCAUGCCGCAGUGUGGAUCCGCUUAGCGCAAGGGCCUAAAUGCGGCCAAGAAGCGGAGAAGAACACCGUCGACAGUGAGCCCUCGGCAGCUUCACCUAUGAAGGUCAGCUUGAAAGCCUCAGCCCCAACUUGCAGCCUGAAGAUUGACCCGAAGCGCCUCAAGUUCGAGCAUGCACCCCGUUUCAAAGCUGAGCCCUUCUUGGUGGAUCCUCUGCUUCGAGCAGGGUUUUCCGACCCAAGUGUGUUUCAACGGCCGGCGUCCGAUUGGGAUCGGCCAAAGUGGGCUCGGGUUCAAGCCAGCCAAGCCGAUCAACUGGAAUUAUAUCGCAAAUGGGAUGCGGUUGAAAGUCUGUAUCUUCUUCGUGCUUCGGAGUCUGAGGUGAAGUUCCGUUGUGGCUUGUUUGCGGUGUAUAAGAACGAUAAGUUCGACAGGCAGAUCCUGAACCCGAUCCCGGAAAACGGGCGGUCAUUCUCAGUAUCCGACGCCACCUUGAGUCUGGCCCACGCUUCGCUCCUUUGCCAGCUUUAUCUCCCAGCGGGAAAGAAUCUGGUGAUAAACUCUGAUGACCUGGAAGAUUUCUAUCAUGGGUUUCAAGUGGACGAUAGACAUGCUGCUAGGAAUCACAUCCACGGGGUCUUUUAUGGUCGUGAUUUUCAAGGGUGGCAGGCGUACAGGGAGGAGCUGCACGAUGUACAAGUUGUGGGAUGCUUUAAGACGCUGGCAAUGGGGACGAAUUUUGCCGUAGAAACGGCACAGCACGCUCACUCGGUGCUUCUUCGGCGAGCUGGAGGGCUACACCCGAGCGAACAAGUGGCCUAUCGCCAAGCAUUACCUAAAGGGCCGGGUUUCGAUCUGUUGUGCAUAGACGACCGGGUGUUCCUCCUUGUGGUCUGCGCUUCGGAGCUUAACAGGCCCCCCCAGCUCAACCGCAGGGACAUUCGCUUAUUCAGCCAGGCUGCAGCGCAGUAUGAGCAGGCGCAUUUGCGGGUUUCCCAAAAGAAGGCAGUUCGGAACUCCUACCAAGCUGUCGUAUUAGGCGGUGAACUGGACGGGGUGCGCGGCGACCUGGCUGCUCCUCGCUUGAAGACGGCAGCCUUAUGCUGCCUGACUUUUCAGCUGAUCGUCCUCGGAGUUUGUUCCAAGAGCCUUCUACAAUGCAUUCUGGGUUGCUGGGUUUUCGUCACUAUGUUUCGGCGUCCGGCUAUGUCCUUGCUAGGUCAGGUAUACCACGAUCUCCGGGGCCGAGAGGAUGAUGAAGUGUUCAGGUUGUCCAUGGAAGCAAAGCAGGAACUAUUGCAGCUGAUCGUGUGGGCUCCUCUGAUGUUCAGCAAUUUGCGCGCCGAACCUGUGGAAGCCUUAUUUUGCACUGAUGCCUCCCCUUUUGCAGCGGGGGUAUGUGAAGCUCGGAUGCCCAGGGAAGCGGUUCUCGAGCUGUUACGGCAUGCUGACUACAAGGGUCAUCACACUAUGUUGCAGCCUGCUAUUUCGAGCUACCUUGAGAUGCAUCAAGAGUUCAUUGCUUCGGUUCCGCAUAAGCUUCCAGGGAGUCUGGCUGAGGGGAUUCUGUUCGAUGUCUGCGAGAUCUUCCAGGGGGCGAAUGCGCUCUCCCUCGCGGCCUCUCGAGUAGGGCUUCGCGUGCACAAAGGGUUCAAUCUCCGCGAUGCUAUUCAAGGUGAUCUUCUACAAUCGCAACCUAUGCAUCAUAUUGUAGGCCUCAUCUGCCGCCGGGUGAUUGCAUACGUUCAUAUAUCUCCGGGUUGCAGAUCCUUUGGCAGCGCAGUGAAGCCGAAACUGCGAAGUCGUGCAGCUCCUUGGGGUUUGGACCCCCGAGAAGCUCAGACCUUGGAGGGGAACAGGUUCGCGGCACGUUUGGCAUUUAUCCUCCACCUUUGUGCCGCCUAUGGGAUUUUGGCCUCCAUUGAGCAACCUGUUAACUCAGUGAUGUUCAGGCUUGGGAGCUUCAGGAAACUUUUGCGCACGGGCUUCAGCAAAGUUCGUACCUCGUGA